UCGUUCACACUCUCCGGUCGAACCAAAAAUGGCUAAGAGAGUCAUCUUAUUCUCUCUUAAUCUCAUACUUCUGGUAAUCAUAUUUCCAUUAUCAACAAACGCAGCUACAUUUAAUGUUGUAAGGUAUGGAGCAAAACCAAAUGGUAGAACGGAUUCGACGAAAUCUUUUUUACGUGCGUGGUCUUUAGCAUGUAAUUCUAAGAAAUCAGCAACAAUGUGGAUACCUCGAGGAACUUAUUUGGUCAAAACAGUAGUUUUUAAUGGUCCGUGUAGAAGUAAAAGAGUUACGGUUCAAAUUGACGGUACAAUUCAGGCUCCUCCUAGAAAUUAUUGGGUUAUUGGGAAUUCUCGGAAUUGGAUUUUGUUUCAUGGCAUCAACGGUUUAACGAUCAACGGUGGGAAAGGUGGAGGGAUCUUAAAUGCGCGUGGAUAUCAUUUUUGGGAUUGUAGGCGAUCUGGUCGAAGUUGUCCACAAGGUGCAACGACGCUAUCCUUAGAUAAUGUGAAAAAUGGUUUUGUCAAUGGUAUAGUCUCAGUUGACAGCCAAUGGUCUCAUAUGUCUAUCAAUGGUUGCACUAAUAUGAGGGUUCGGCGGGUGGUUCUUAUUGCACCUGCUCAGAGCCCCAACACAGACGGUAUAGACAUUCAAUCAUCAACUGGUGUUACAAUUGUCGACUCAAGUAUCGGAACAGGUGAUGAUUGUAUCGCGAUUGGUCCUGGAACCAAAAACCUAUUGAUUCAAGGCGUAAAUUGUGGACCUGGACACGGCAUUAGUAUCGGAAGUUUGGCUAGAAGUCCUUAUGAAGCAGGGGUGGAGGGAAUCGUAGUGAAGGAUGUAACAUUCACUGGGUCCGAUAAUGGAUUAAGGAUUAAAACAUGGCCAAGACCAAGUAACGGUUUCGUGAAAAACGUUCUAUAUCAAAAUAUCCGAAUGAAUUAUGUUCGAAACCCUAUCAUUAUUGAUCAGAUAUAUUGCCCCGGUACCAAAGGCUGCUCUAAUAAGAAUUCUGGAAUCAAGAUCAGCGGAGUGACGUACCUGAAUGUAUAUGGAACAUCAGCAACACCAAUAGCAGUUAAUCUACAUUGCAGUGCUAGUAACCCCUGCAACGGAAUCAAAUUGUACAAUGUUGACCUCACUUAUUCCGAAAGACCAGCUUCUUCCUUUUGUUUCAGCGCGGCCGGAACAUCUAUGGGACAAGUCCUGCCCGGAAGUUGUUUCUAGUAAAUAAGUCAGAUUUAGUACUCGUUCUAUUUUGCUUAAUUCCUAUGUUUUCCUUUUCCCCCAAAAUCUCUUGUGUUGUAUUUGUAUAUGAUGAGCUGACCUACUAGCAUAAUGCAAAGUAUGUGUUAGCAAAAGAAAGUA